CUGCAGGCUUAUUUAUAGAGCCAGCCUCUUCUCCUCUCCUUCCUCAACUGCAGCCGCAGCCGCAGCCGCAGCCACAGCAGCUACCUACCUAUCUGCUGCCUGUUCUGCAGUCUAGCUCCCUCGCUCGCUCAUGCGCGUGGCUGCUUAAGCAGUGCACACACUCUGUUCUAGCUAAGAAGAGACCAGAGAGAUCAGAUAUCCAUGGAUCAGGGUAACAAGCUUCGAGCUCAGCAGGAGGAGGGGCAGGAAUUAGCAGAUCAGCACAAUAAGGCGAUGGGUAGCAUGGACAUGGAGACGACGACGAAGGCAGCCGUCUUCUCCGACGCCGUCGUCCACAACUACCGGGGAUGGAAGGCCAUGCCAUACGUCAUAGGGAACGAGACAUUUGAGAAACUUGGGACGAUCGGGACGCUGUCGAACAUGCUGGUGUACCUGACGACGGUGUACCACAUGCCCAGCGUCACCGCUGCCACGCUCCUCAACGUCUUCUCCGGCACCAGCAACCUCGCCACCGUCGUCGGCGCCUUCGUCAGCGACACCUACCUCGGCCGCUACACCACCAUCGCCGCUGCCACCAUCUCCUCCUUCCUCGGCAUGCUCAUCCUCACCCUCACCGCCGCCCUCCACUCCCUCCACCCCCCCUCCUGCCCCCCCAACUCCACCUCAUGCCAUGGCCCCUCGAGCUCCCAGCUCGCCGCGCUCAUGGCGUCCUUCUUCUUCCUGGUCAUCGGCGCCGGCGGGAUCCGGCCAUGUAACCUGGCGUUCGGCGCUGACCAGUUUGACCCGCGGACUGCCGACGGGCGGCGGGGCAUCGCCAGCUUCUUCAACUGGUACUACUUCACCUUUACCAUCGCCAUGAUGCUGUCGGCCACCGUCAUCAUCUACCUCCAGAGCAGCGUCAACUGGGCGCUGGGGCUCGCCGUGCCGGCGCUGCUCAUGGGCCUCUCCUGCGCCGUCUUCUUCAUGGGGUCCCGCCUCUACGUCCGCGUCCGCCCCGAAGGCAGCCCCUUCACCAGCUUCGCGCAGGUUCUUGUCGCCGCCGUCCGCAACCGCAAACUUCACCUCCCUGCCGGUGCCGGUGGGACACGAGAGCUGCUGUUCGACCCGCCGCACCAGAGCAAGCUUGUCUCGAAGCUAGCAUACACGGAUCAGUUCCCCUGCCUCGACAAGGCGGCGGCCAUGGUGGCAAUCGCAUCGCCGGAGGGGGAGAAGAAGGAGAGGAACCCAUGGCGGCUGUGCACGCUGCAGCAGGUGGAGGAGGUGAAGUGCCUGGCGCGGAUCAUCCCGGUGUGGUCGUCGGGGAUCGUCUACUUCAUCGUGCUCAGCCAGCUCGGCAACUACGUCGUGCUCCAGGCGGCGCAGACCGACCGCCGGAUCACCGCCUCGUCGGGGUUUGAGAUCCCGCAGGGCUCCUUCGUCGUCUUCCAGAUGCUCGCCCUCACGUUCUGGAUCCCGGUCUACGACCGCCUGCUCGUGCCUGCCAUCCGCCGCCUCACCGGCCGCAGCGGCGGUAUCACACUGCUGCAGCGCAUCGGCGUCGGGCUCGCGCUCUGCAUUGCCACCAUGCUCGUCUCGGCCGCCGUCGAGCACCACCGUCGGAACCUAGCGCGGACGAAGACGUUGAUGCCGUGGUUCUGGCUGGUGCCGCAGCAGCUGCUGGCGGGGCUGUCGGAGGCGUUUAGCGCCAUCGGGCAGAUCGAGUUCUACUACAGCCAGUUCCCGGAGAACAUGCGCAGCGUCGCUGGCGCGCUCUACUUCCUGGGAUUCGCCAUUGCAAGCUACACCAGUGGGUUCAUGAUCAUGGUGGUGCACCGGGCCACCCGCGGCCGCGACGGCGGGCCGGACUGGCUAGCGCAGGACCUGGACCAAGGCAGGGUCGACCUCUUCUACCUGCUCACUGCCGCCAUGGCCGCCGUCAACCUCGUCUACUUCAUCGCCUGCGCCAGGUGGUACAGGUUCAGCAAGCCCCAGGAUGCCCCCAGCGGCGCCGGAGACGACGAUGACAGCCCCAAGAAGCUGGGUGAUGCAGAGCCGGUUUGAAAACCAAUUGGGCGCGCGGUAAUGAAAAUCAGAUUGGUAGGUUUAAUAGUACGUGCUACUCCUAGAUGGAUGGAUGACCUACAGAUGCAUAUAUUCUGGGGAAUAUGGAUUCUUGGGAAUCAGCUACAUAUAUAGCUCUAAUCUAUAUACAGAUGCCUCCACAUUUGGGAUACAAAAUCUGAUGAACAGGAUUCAGAGCAGUUUCCUGAAUCUUGAUUUGCAUACCUUGGAGUUGGAGGAGAGGAGCUUGCAAUUGUAGCACUCCAAACAGAUUGUACUAGCAACACUAUGUUUGUCAGAUAGCUCUCCUCAAUUAGCAUAAACUCAGGUCUUGUUCCAUUAUCCAUGGAGAUCAGACAAACACGCUGAAUCAACAGAGGAAGAUCAUUUCAUUCCCAA